GGCAACAUUGUGCGUGACUCACAGCUGAAUGAGCUGCUUUAUGUUCGUGUGAUAGCUUGUGUUAUUGUUUUGUAAUCUCAAAAUUUGUAUUCCCCAGAGGGGUCCAAUGUGAUUUGCUGUGUUUAGCUACUGAAUAAAAGCCAAAUAAUCCGGUUGUUACAUCACCCCAGUACGUCAUAACACCGUAAUUGGAAGACAGUCGAAAUGACAUCGGCGAUGGAAAAGCACCUGUUUAACCUGAAAUUCGCUGCGAAGGAACUAGAACGCAAUGCUAAAAAAUGCGAGAAAGAAGAAAAGGUAGAGAAAACAAAGCUGAAAAAGGCCAUCCAGAAAAAUAACCUGGAAGGAGCUCGAAUUCACGCAGAAAAUUCAAUUCGACAAAAGAACCAGGCGUUGAAUUAUCUGCGCAUGGCCUCUCGAAUUGACGCGGUUGCAAGUCGAGUGCAGACAGCAGUCACCACGAAGAAGGUGACCACAUCAAUGGCAGGAGUGGUGAAAGCUAUGGAUGCGGCUAUGAAGAGUAUGAACCUGGAAAAGAUCUCGGGUCUCAUGGACAAAUUUGAGAAGCAGUUUGAGGACCUUGACGUUCAGUCGACAUGUAUGGAGAACAGUAUGAGCUCGACGACGACUGUUACCGCACCUCAGCACCAGAUUGAGGGACUUAUGCAGCAAGUAGCAGAUGAAGCUGGGCUGGAGCUAAACAUGGAGCUUCCUCAAGGAGUAAACAGCACAAUUGGACAGUCUACAGCAGCUUCUGUAGAACAGGAUGAACUCACACAACGUUUGGCAAAGCUGAGGCAGAUGUGAGACAUUGGGUGAUUCACGAAACGUAUUUCUACGACAUGAAAGGACCUCACUGUGCAUCAGCUCUAGUUUUUGUACAUAAAAUGUGCUUAUAAUCGAGCGCUAUUGCUUACUUAAUUUGUAUUAUAACUAAGCUUUCCUGUAUAAAGUAACUAUGCAGUCACAAUUCUUACGCUCCAUAUUUUUGUGUUAUAGAUUGCUCUUUACUGUUUCUAAGUUGUCAGCUGAAAAAUAAAGGUUGAAUGUUGGCAUAAACAAGCA